GGGAAAUCACUUCAUUUCGUAAGUCUUUACGAAAAAAGAAAAAGAAAAAGAAAAUAAACUGAAGCACGAACUACGUAGUUCGAUUUAUAAACACAACCAUGAGGAACAGCAACAACAAAAGCAAUCAAAGCUCUGGUGGAGAAGAGCAUCACAACUCCCAGGAAAGUUCCAUCUCAACCCCUGAAUCCAGAUUCAACCAGACCCUCCGAAAUGUCCAAGGGUUGCUCAAAGGUCGCAGUAUGCCUGGUAAAGUAUUACUGACUAGGAGAUCAGAAUCAAACACACAAGAACCAGCACUAAAUUAUGCAAGGAACUUCUCAUACAAUGAUGCUGAAACAAGUGUUAGCAUAUCUAAGGCAUUGGAGGAAGCAUUUGAGAGCCCAAGUGAGCCGAACACCAGUGAAAAUCUAAACAACUCAAAACCAUCAAUCCCGAAUGUUGAGAAUCUUCCCAAAGGACCUCCGAAAUCUGUGAUUGGUGCUAGAGCAACUGAUUCUGCUCGAGUUCUGAAGUUCACAAAGGUCCUUUCUGGGACCACUGUCAUAUUAGAGAAGUUGCGUGAGUUGGCUUGGAGUGGCAUACCACCUUAUAUGCGACCUGAUGUGUGGAGGCUUCUUUUGGGAUAUGCACCAUCUAAUUCAGAUAGAAGGGAGGGAGUUCUAAGAAGGAAGCGCCUUGAGUAUCUUGACUGUGUUUCUCAGUACUAUGACAUUCCGGAUACUGAGCGUUCAGAUGAUGAGAUAAACAUGCUUCGUCAGAUUUCUGUUGAUUGCCCAAGAACCGUGCCAGAUGUGUCUUUUUUUCAGCAGGAGCAAGUCCAGAAAUCGUUGGAGCGCAUCCUUUACACAUGGGCCAUUCGACAUCCUGCAAGUGGAUAUGUUCAGGGAAUAAAUGAUCUAGUUACUCCCUUUCUUGUGGUUUUCUUGUCAGAAUUUCUGGACGGUAGUGUGGACAGUUGGUCAAUCUCUGAGCUCUCCACUGAUCAAAUAUCUACAGUAGAGGCUGAUUGCUAUUGGUGCCUAUCAAAGCUACUUGAUGGUAUGCAAGACCAUUACACAUUUGCUCAGCCAGGGAUCCAGAGGCUUGUAUUUAAGUUAAAGGAAUUGGUCAGGCGAAUUGAUGAACCUGUAUCUAGACAUGUGGAGGAGCAAGGGCUGGAAUUUCUUCAGUUUGCUUUCCGGUGGUUCAACUGUCUUUUGAUACGCGAGAUUCCCUUCCAACUAAUUUCCCGCCUGUGGGAUACAUAUCUUGCUGAGGGAGAUGCAUUGCCAGAUUUCCUUGUGUAUAUAUUUGCCAGCUUUCUUUUAACGUGGUCAGAGGAGCUCAAGAAGCUUGAUUUCCAAGAGUUGGUUAUGUUUCUUCAACACCUACCAACUAAUAACUGGACUGACAAGGAACUUGAGAUGGUGCUUUCAAGAGCUUUCAUGUGGCACAGUAUGUUCAACAGCUCUCCCAGACAUUUAGCCACCGGCUGAAAAGCAAACUGAUAGCACUCUCAUCUGUCAUCAGAUUUUGAAAUUCUUUUGCCCCGUCCAGUUCUGUUCUUUUUCCUUCAGUACAAUUGUUUUCUGUUCCCAUGAUAUUGUGAAUCAAGUGUCUGUAAUAGUUGUAUUGCUGAGCAUUUUUUGUAGAAUCCUUUGACAAGCUGUGAAACAGAAAUAUGAAUGAUAAUAUUCUCAUUUAUAUGAAUGGAGCUGAGGGAAUUUGUAAUUUGUAAUCCAAUAUUUCACGUUAUUGUUUAUAAGUGCUUCCUCGA